CUCUAAAUUUAAACAAUUCAAUUUAUACAUUCCUUCAUUCCUUCAUUCUUUUUAAACCUUAUAUAUACAUUUACACUUUACGAAUUAGAUACAACAUCCUUUUCUUGUCAUCUAAUCAAUAAUCUUAAUACCGAUCUUCUUCAUUCUAUCAUCCAUCCUCUUAGAUCUCACAAUAUGGGACAAUUAUUAGCAAGCUUGAAUCCCCGCAGUAAUUAUUCAGAUUUAGUACCUGAAAUAAAAUUUGAUAUUGAAAAUGCAAGUCCUUCUUCGGAGGAGUUAGGAAUUUAUAAUGAACUUUACACUUUAUUAGUGCAACCCACUCCCAGUUUAUUAACAGCCUUUAAAGAAUAUAAACCCGCUUCAGAAUAUAUUCGAAAUGCAAUAGCUACACCUAAUAUAGAAAACGAGGAUUUAGCGUGGAAUGCUAUUUUACCUACUGUAAAUAUGUUACGUGAAUUUUACAAUUAUUCUUCCGAAUUAGACCAAGGUAUCCCAAUAUUACUCCAAGUUCUAUGUAAAGAUAGUGAUACAACAAAAGAUCUUGAUAGACAUCCAGGAUUAACAAAAUUAUUUGCAGAAAUACUUGAUUUCGUAUUUGAGUUCGAUAAUAUUAAGAUUGGAAAUCCUACAAUACAGAAUGAUUUCUCCUUUUAUAGACGCACAUUACAAAAAGGAAGAAAAUCAACUAUAGAACCAUCCAGUAAUACAUCAGAUCUAAGAUUAGCUAUGAAUGAAGAUGAUCUUGCCAACCAUAUUUCACUUUUUAUUGCUUAUCCAACUCCAAUGUUAAAAUGUGUAAUUGAUAUAACAACUGAUUAUGUAAAACAGAACCAUCUUGUGAAAUGUAUAACAGAAUGGCUUACAAGCAUUUGGGCUGCUUGUUAUCAAAGAUUAAAUAAGAAAAGAACAACUCAACACACAGAUAAUUUCUAUUUAAAAGUCAUGGUUAUUUCAAUUAUACUUUAUGAUCAUAUUGAUCCUUCUGGUGCUUUCUCAAAGAAUUCACCUAUUAAUGUAAAGAACUCUUUAAAAACAAUCCAAACUAUACAUCGACAAGAACAGUCUACCACAUCAAACCUUGUCUCUGCUUUAAAAUAUAAUUCAAAACAUCUAAAUGAUGAUUCUACACCAAAAGGAAUAAAAAAUUUAGUGAUGGCUAUUUGAUAUUCAUCCUAAUAUUACGUAAUCAGCAUUUUAAAAAAACACAUUUUUUUUAUUCGAAAUAUGAAUACAAGAUAAUCUAUUUACUCUAAAUAUAACCUAGGAAAAGCCACGUGCAUCUUCCAAGUUUUUAUUAUUACUGUACAACAUCAUUUGUUUUUAUUAUAAGCCUAUUAAUUUACCAAUCAUAAAUAAGCAGUAGUUACAUCUUGACUUCUUUUCAAUACAUGGAUAGAAA